GGGGGUACAAUAUCAAGCGAAUCUACAGGCAUUACAGGGGCGUAGCCAGGAUUGAACCUUAGGGGAGACAGGUUCACCUUGGCGCGCAUGCGCAGCGAGGGUUACUGUAGUUGUGUGGGUGUGUUUGUCCGUUACUAGCCAUUUAACUACGGAUCACACGUGAUUGCUGGCUGAACAUGCAAGUGCUCGAGAGGUGUGGCUCGUUCACUGUGUGUUAUUAUUAUUGAGGCAUGCUGACCCAGGCGCUCUUUAUCCCGCACAGACUACCACACUACUGCUGACACUGCAGGCUCUACUCGGGUGUGCUACCCAAAUUGUGCAAUGGCCUUUGCCCAUGAAGAUCCCAGGCAACUCCACAACCCUCAUCCGUGGACGGAGAAACUGUUAACACUAGAUCGAUGCAGACCCACGAACGAGCCCCCGGUUACACGCAUGAUCACCGGAAUAACCACUCUGCUGAGAUGGAGGGAGUGGGAAGAGGCCAUGGCGGGCCAUCCGGAUAGGCGAUUCCGGGAAUACAUCGCUCUAGGGAUCCACCAGGGCUUCCGCAUCGGCUUCGAUCGCCGAUCCGGGGUAGCCCCACGAUCAUGUCGC